AGGAUGCAAAUAUAUGUUGAAAAAGAGGCACCAAAAUCUCUCUCGCUUAAUGAUACGGAGUCUAGCGAAUUUGAUUCAUCUAAUCAGUCGCGAGUGCAAAAAUUUUCUUGCCAAUUGAGUAAAAUAACCUGUGAACUAUUGAAUUCAGUGUAGAGUUUAGCUUGAACAGCAAAAAUUAAAUAAGUAACGUAAUUUACACGGCAUUGUGAGGCUAUACGAUUGUAGAAUUGGAAAUGUCAAAGUCGGUGUGCAAAGUGCGAAGAAAAUGAUGGCGAAGUAGGCACACUUUUUCGUUUUGCUAAUGUGGUGAAGUAGAAAAGAAAUGAACAUUUGUGCAAAAGUGCCGUGAAGUGGCCGGGAUAAGCUGGAGCUACGAAAUGGUUGAAAAAGAGUAUAUUCAAAAUAGCGACAAUUGAAGUGUUAAUGAAAAUAUUCGUUUCAAAGCAAAAAAAUCCAAUAUCAGUAUGUAAAAAAUCUAUGAAACUAUGUUUAUAUCGUGUGGUGUAAGCGUGCGAAAUAACUAGAUAAUAAAAUUUGUGUAAACAGUAGAAAUUCAGUGUUUCGUGACGUAAUUGUAGCAACACGAGCUAAAAAAAUCGUGAAAGUUUACAACGAAAGGAAGUAUAGAGGCUGAAAAAUCGUAACGCCACCAUCAAAGUAUCGGAAGAAUACUAUAAAAUAUCCAAAACCUAUACCAAAAAUAUGGAUGCCAAAGCAGCAACUACAGCACCUUCUACGUAUCCCGCGACACCUCCGUACGCGAAAGGCGCACGGUCAUCGCAUCAGUAUUUUAGUCUAAGAUGGAACAAUUAUCAGUCAAACAUGACAUCGGUUUUUCACGAACUUUUGGAGACACAGUCCUUUGUUGAUGUUACUUUAGCAUGCGAAUAUAAUUCAUUGAAAGCACACAAGGUGGUACUUUCGGCGUGCUCGGCAUAUUUUCAAAAAAUAUUGCUAGACAAUCCCUGUAAACAUCCAACAAUUAUUCUACCAGCAGACAUAUGCUUUUCGGAUUUACAAUUUAUCAUAGAAUUUGUUUAUCGCGGGGAGAUCGAUGUGUCGGAGGCAGAAUUACAGAGCCUUUUGAGAACUGCAGAGCAACUAAAGAUUAAAGGGUUGUGUGAAGUAAGUGAACCACAAUACGAACAGGAUUUCUCGCCAUCAAUCAAGCGUUACAAGCCCUACCGUUCACGAUCCCCAGACAAUCGUCAUCCACCUCCUCCGGGAUCAUUAUCAACAAACGCACGAAGCAACAAUUCUGCAUCCUCGCAAAGCAACAAUAACCAAAGUGGACAGGAUUCCAAAAGUGGCCAUAAGUCAUCCUCCGGUAGAAGCCAUAGCAGUAAUUCAGAAUCGGCUCCGGCAGAUAAUGGAUCUUCGCCUGUAGUCGUGCUAGAAUCACGUGAUUUAACAUCGACUCCAGGCAAGGAAGGAAAAGGAAAAAUGACCAGUCUUGGAAUGGGAGUUGGAAUAAACGGCUCCGUUAUGGGUGUCUCGAUGGGAUACUUGGAUUUCGCUCCGGAACCACCAGCACCAACGGCAACACCGGUGACAGAACAUGUUGAUAUCAAUUGUGCUCCUAGCCAUGACACACGUGAUCUGUCCAGUAAGUAUUCAAUCUCAAACAAUGGUGAUAUUCGAGUGAAAUUCGAAACGCUCCGGUCACUUGAUCCACAAGAUGCAAUACAGUUGGACAACCAAGUUGCACACCAGAUGCAUUCGCAAGCCCAGCAACAGUUACAACACCAGCAAAUGUUGCACCAACAACAGCAACAGCAUAUAUUACAACAACAACAUCAACAACAGCAUCAACAACAGCAGCAGCACCAGCAGCAACAACAGCAACAAACGCACCGGCAGACACCUCAGCCUCAACAAGUGGAUCAGCGAAUGUCGCCUCACCAGCCUUCGCCUCAGCAACCUCCUCAACAUCAACAACACGUUCUCCUAAUCGAUCAACAAUCGCAACACUCACACCUCUCCACCCAUAGUCCAGCGUCCAACGCUUCGAGUUCGUCUAGCCAACAUCAUCCGGAAAAUUUGGUUACAGUCGCGUCUACUACGGCCGACAAUAGUACGCAAAUGGAAAUGAAAACGCGAAUUACACUUAAACAGGAAAUUAUGACUGAAGUAGAACACCAGCAACAACAACAGCAACACCAGCAACAGAUGGAAGUGGAACAGGACCAAUCGUCUAUGCACGGAAUGGUCGUAACACCAGAGAUCUCAGGAAUGAUGACUCAGAGCCAAAUGAGUGAUAUCUAUCAAUCAGAUGCCAGUGAAGAUUCAAAAGUUGGUAUUCUUGACGGUUCCGCGAUGCAGUACACAAAUCUGACAAGUCCAAAUGCUAGUGAUCCCAAGACACCUAGUGGUCCAAAGACUUGGACGGCAGAGGACAUGGAAUCAGCAUUGGAUGCACUGCGCACCCAUAACAUGAGUUUAACAAAGUCUAAAAAAACUAAAUUAAAGGCUUCCGCUACGUAUGGCAUACCUUCAACAACACUGUGGCAGAGAGCACAUCGACUAGGUAUCGAUACACCGAAGAAGGAAGGACCAUCUAAAACGUGGAACGAAGACUCAUUGAACAGUGCCCUGGAAGCAUUGCGCACCGGAACGAUAUCGGCCAACAAGGCAUCGAAGGCUUUUGGUAUUCCCUCUUCAACUCUUUACAAAAUUGCCCGACGCGAGGGUAUUCGACUGGCGGCACCGUUCAAUGCAGCGCCCACUACAUGGUCUGCGGAGGAUUUGGACCGUGCCUUGGAAGCGAUCCGUGCUGGUCAAACUUCCGUUCAAAAGGCAAGUACGGAAUUUGGUAUUCCAACUGGUACACUUUACGGGCGAUGCAAGCGAGAAGGAAUCGAGCUAUCGCGAUCAAACCCUACACCCUGGUCUGAGGAUGCAAUGAUGGAAGCCUUAGAAUCUGUGAAACAAGGACACAUGUCGAUAAACCAAGCUGCCAUCCAUUACAAUUUGCCUUACAGUUCACUGUAUGGCAGGUUUAAGCGUGGUAAAUAUGACACACCAAACAGCGCUAAUUCUUCACACUCUAAUCACGGCGGUGGAGGCGCGGGCGGAGGCGGUAACGUCGGCGGCAUCGGUGGAAUCGGAAGUAAUGUGGUGACAACUGCGGCAACGAUGGCCGGCGUUACCAGCAGUCCGCAAAUGGAAUUUAAAAUAGAACCUCAACAUAAUGAGCAUAGUCCAGAGAAUACGCAACAUUAUAAUCCUGCGCUAACAACAUCACUAACAACGUCGUCCGCGCCGCCAUCAACACAAACCCACCACGUUGUACCGUCACCAUCGCCAGUCAACAUUCACAUCAUUAACGCCAAUCAUCACCAUCAUCAGCUGCAACCGACACCGCCGCCACAUCAAACUAUAGCGACGACGCAUCACACACUGCAAGGAGCGCAACCGCAGCUGAUCCAACAUCACAUCAUUCCGCAGCAGCACCACAUCAUCUAUCAGCAGCCGCUGCAACAACUUCAACAACAACCGCAGUAUCAUCCGAUGUAUCACAUCAUCAAACAAGAAAACGAUAGAAGUUGAAACUAUCGAUACGUAGCAUCGUCACCGCCGUCAGCGUCCCCUUCGUUGCCAUCGUCGCCAUUGGUAACAUAUUCAACCAACAGUGGUGGUGAGCAGCGUAUACACCACAUCCAUCACUAUCAUCAAUUGCAACGUCAUCAUUCUCAACCACCACCAGCACCUGUUCUUCCUUCCAUUCCUCGUUAUUAUGAUCGCAGCGAUUCAUACGCCGAUCGGCUUGCGACAUCUUCCGCCGCUGUGCCUGAUCAUGUUAGUAAACAAGUGUACAAUGGUGUCGAUGACAGACACUAUUACUACGACUAUUAUGGCAUGUAUGCCGGUGGUCAUGGUAACCGUAGUGAUAGAAAACGAAGAAGGAACAGUCGAUCGGCUGGUGAUGAUGAUGAUGAUGAUGCUCGUGAUGAUGAUGAUGGUCAUGGUUGCGCAGAUUCCGUAGAAGCACGUGAUGCCGAGCGAUAUGUCAAAUUUCGUUACGACGAACAUGAUGGUUAUUAUAAUGAUAAUAAUAAUAAUAAUUAUAAUAAUAAUAAUAACGACGAUAGUAACAAUAAUAGUAGCAGUAGUAGCAUUCGAAUUGGCAAAGUGAAAACAGAAAACGUAUAAAAGUAAAAAAACAUGACUCUUCCAUUGUAAUGAAAUAUUGUAUUCGACUGUACACAAGUAGAAGGCAAAAGUUGUUAUCCAUUAUUGAGAUAAAAAAGAUAUUAUUUUAGAUAAGCAAAGAGAAGCAUAACACACAGUUCGAUUGUCUGGCUCUCAGGAUUUAUUUUUUAGUUUUCCCACAAUUGCAUUUUUAAAUAUAUGAUUUCUCAUAUCACGAGAGGAGCUUAAAAUAAUCUUCCAAAAGAUGCAAACAAAUGAACGAUUGUCUAAAAAUGUGAAAACCGAUACUGUUAUAUUAUUACUUACUAGUUUGUAAUACAAACACACUAAAUUAAAAUAAUCACUCAUUUUAAUGGCAUCUUUUAAGUUUGCACUCUUUAUACACUUUUCUUUUUUGGUUAUCAAUUGAUUUUAUGGCACUGAAACAAUCAGCACUCUUUUGGCAAAGCCUUUUUCCAAAUAAGCGAUAGCAUCACUCUUUGCUAGACAACAAUAGUUAACAUUUUUUAUUGUUAGUGCUUAUAAUUUGUUGAUCAUCCAAUACAUCCAAGUUAAAACAGUAACAAUAGUACCCAUUUUAAACACAACCGCAGUUUUUUAAGAAAAAGCAAGGUUUGAUUAUUCCUAUUUUUAUUAUCGUUACUAUAUAGCGUUUUAUAAUUUAUAUGAACAGUAGGUGUAACAUUUUUCGUUCAAAGAAAUAAAAGAAAAGUAAUGAAAAAGAAUGUAAUUCAGGUAGAAGCAGAUUGUGCGCACUCAUAUCAAAACAGAAUAAAAAAACAAUGAAGCUAAAGGUAAAUAGAGUUAUGUUUUCCUUAACGUUAGCUUAGAGUCAACAUAAUUAUGGCAACAGCUUUUUUCCUAGUGUUGCAUCUUUACGAAGUUUGGUUUGGGACAUAGGAACCAUUUUGCUGGAAGCUUAAAAAAUUAAGCUAUUGUAUUGUUUUUUUAAUAUACCUAGUUUUUUUUCUGAGCAUAUGUGCUUUUGAGAGAGAAGAUAAAAAUUAGUAAGUAGUAAUAACAUCAGGUAGUCAGGAGAAGUUCUGAUCUUGGCGUGAAAUGAUGAAAAUACUUUCCUUGGUCUGCCCUCGAUCGAUUGUUCCCUUGAAUGUAGAUUUCAGUCGUGCUACUGUAGAAGAAUUUCCCUUAAAUAAAUCGCUAAAAGCGUUUGAAUCAUUGCACAUCAGGAUUAGAGCUAUCGAAUGCAAAUUGAACGUUGUUUUACUGAUAUGAGACUGCGAUGGUUAGCGAACAAAAAUUAGACACUCAUACCACAUUACUCAAGGUGUAACCGAAGAUUAUUUCAAACCAAUGGAAGUAAUCCAUAGGAAUGGGAACUGGGUUUUUAGUUUGCAGGGCGACUGAGUCAGAGUGCAAUGGUCGAUUUGUUGAAAUCAAAGAUAAAUUUAAAAGAUACUUGAAAAAUACAGUUCAUAGGAAAAUGUGAAAACAUUAACUAGAUUUUAUCAUAGAAACAGGUAAUGAUAAAAGUGUGAAAUGAAUAAACUGCGAGUAAAACUAGCGAUUUAUGAGAUUGAAAGACUAGAAAUCAUUGAAUCCUUAGAGCGUAGAUAGAAAUCCUUUUUCUCCCAAACAGAAAACAUACACACCUUACCUAUGGUAUAGGCAUUUCAUCGAUGAGAUCAAAAUGAACUCGUUUAGUAAAUAUGGAAACAUACCAGAACUGAACAACCCUCUCACUGAGCAUGAGUAUGGGAACCCCAAUCCAAAUUUUCAUUUUGCGUAUUUUUAUUCCCAAGCGCCAAGUGAAGGAAGCAAAAAAAUCAUAAGUACAUUUAGUUGUUAGUUGGAUGCCGACACACAUCAAUAUUUGUAUGUAAUUUAGUGUAUUUAGGAUGCGAACUCAGUUUAAAGGCAGGAAAGAGUAAAAUGGUGAAUACAAGAAUGUUGACUGUCGGAUUGAUGCCGUCAAAAAAUGCAGUUUUUGUGUUUUAUUUCGUAAUUUUGUAGCCCUUUUCAGUUUUGUUCGAAGCCUCUCCGACUCCUUCCUCCAUACCCAUUUUGGAAUAUCAUCUGGAUACAAGAAUAACUGUGUGUAGUAUGAAUACCCACAAUCUGUACCGAAAUCCUUCCUUCUCGUGCGCGGGACAUGAAUCUAAAGUCAUCUCACAGAGGCCAGAAGGCCAAACAAGUUUAAUCAAAAUUUUUGUGGUUCAAAUGAGUGGACACCUUUUUAGAGACUCGGUUAUGUAAAUCAAAACGCAUUGCAGAAACCAGUUUUAGCGAAAUAGCAUCAUUAGGUGACAAAAUUAGUGACACAGAUAAACAAUAACAAAAAAGUAAAUUAAAGGGGAAAUCUAUUCGCAAACAGUAUGCAGUAUAUUAGAAGAGAACUCGUGUAAAUUUUAAUAAGAAAAACGUGAAAAUAGCAGUGGUAAUAAAAACAGAGGAGCAGUAACAUACAACUGAUAUGUGUACAAAAAUAAACAAGAAAAUAUAUACAUGCGUACAUUAUAUUAUAUAUACAUAUUAUAUGUGAAAAUGAAAACAAGCAGGAUAUUUUAAUUGAAA